AUGUCAACUCUCAUCGAGCAGCAUCCUCUGGGAUACUUGAACGAGUACUGCGGUGGUCAACUGAUCGGCACUGCGGUUUCGUUCAUUGUCUUGGAGCUUGUCUUCGCGGGGGUCCGGUUCUGGGCCCAUAAGAGACAGAGAAGAAACUGGGGUGUGGAUGACUGGCUCAUGGUUCCAGCCCUUCUGGCCAAUCUGUUGAUGAUCCCUGUUGCCGGCGUUGGGUAUCACAUCGACAAGAUCUUGACGGAAGCGCCAUGGAAACUCGUUCAGUUCCAGAGAGGCAUCUUCGCUGGGAUCUGGGUCUGGGGCUUGGCGAUAGCUCUGCCCAAGCUGGCAAUCCUCGCUUUCUACCUUCGCUUCUUCAAGUCUCGGAACGAACGAACUGUCACCUACGUCCUCAUGGCUAUCAUCGCGUCGACCUAUGUUGCCAUUUCUUUGGCUCACACUUUUGCAUGCAUACCCGUGGGAUAUCAGUUGAACCCAUUCAAGCCGGCAACAGGUCAGUGUUUCGAUACAAAGGCAUUCUAUCGUUGGAUGUCCUUCCCCAAUAUCGUCACGGACGUUGUCAUGCUGGUCCUGCCUCUCCCCAUGGUCUAUCGGUUGCACACCUCGUGCCACCAGAAGAUCGGGCUCGGGAUCAUAUUUGCGACUGGCGGAAUAGGCCUUAUUACCUCCUGCUGCCGGUUUGCGAUUUUUUACAGCGACACAGAACGUCGGGACGAUACUUGGAAGGCGUCGUCUCUGCACAUGUGGACUGAGAUUGAGCCCGGGGUGUACUUCCUCGCUGCGUGCAUGCCGUCCUUUCCACCCCUGAUCCAGCUUCUCUGGACUCGGUUCGUCAGGUCCAAGAGAGGUUCAAGUCAGACGUAUCCCUCCGGCAACAACAAAAUCGCCCUCUACACCAUCGGAGGAAGUGCCCGGCUCCAGGAUUCUGUCCCUCUUACCCCGUCCAACACACAUGAGGAUUUCCCUCCCUUGAGCGACGAUGAAGAGGCAGCCCGUAAGCCUGCGAUCCCGGACUACGACGAUGGUGGGUUCCGGCAUAGUGUCGCGUACGCUAAUCUAGCCGGCAUCGAAGCCGCUCGGACUGGGAGUCCACGUACUCUUAGAGAAAUAUGGCCUCCCAGGAGGAUUCGUAUCAGGGAGACCUUUAGUGUUCGACAUGACGGGUUUGGCACGCUGGACAGUACCUGA